AUGAGUCGUGUAUUCGCCUCGCCGCUUCACGGCGGCCUCGAGUUCGACGGCGAAGAGGAAUGCUACAGAACGAGCACUGGCUUCGAGUUCCACCCGGGGUCGUGCGCCGCGAAGAACUCUAUCCGGGAAAGGCUCAACGCACACUUCGCAGCGUCGCUCUCUGAGCCGCGCAUACCGGUGGCGGAGGCGGUGGAACGAGCGUGCAAGCUGUCGGUCGAGUGCAUCAAGGCCGAGGAGCUGCAGGCGCUGCUCGAGAGGAAGGACUACGUGCCGAUCAGUUACGAUGGAUUCGAGCCUUCGGGCAGAAUGCACAUCGCCCAGGGCAUAUGCAAGGCUCAUAAGGUCAACGAACUGAAGAAGAUGGGCAUUCGCAGCGUGAUGUGGAUAGCAGACUGGUUCGCCGUGCUCAACGACAAACUCGGCGGCGACUGGGCCAACAUCAGGCUGGUGGGCGAGUACUUCAAACACGUCUGGCGCGCAUCGGGGAUGGACAUGUCCGCAGUUAAGUUCCUCUGGGCGAGCGAGGAAAUCAACAAAAACGCCGACCUCUACUGGAGGCUCGUCAUGGACAUCAGCCGCUCAUUCAACAUCACACGGUUCAAACGCUGCAGCGAGGCUUUGGGGCGCGCUGAGGGCGACAACAGGCCGGCUGCAUCCCUGCUAUACCCGGCGAUGCAGUGCGCCGACAUCUUCUACAUCGGGGCGGACAUCUGCCAGCUGGGCCUUGACCAGAGGAAAAUCAACAUGCUCGCAAGAGAGUACUGCGAGCUCAAAAACGUGGGAGCCAGGCCUAUUAUCAUGUCGCAUCACAUGAUGCCCUCGCUCGCGCACCAGGGUGGCAAAAUGUCCAAGUCGAUCCCCAACUCGGCCAUCUUCAUGGAGGACACGGAGGCAGAGGUCAACGCCAAGAUCAAGAGCGCCUGGUGCCCGGAGAAGGAAGUGACGGAUAACCCCUGCAUCGCCUACUUCGACCUCAUUGUGUUCCCGCAAUUCAAGACGGUCACCAUCCCGCGUAAGCCCAAGAACGGAGGUAAGCGAUCGGUAGCACUAAUACAAACUACAACCAAUGACGGUGGAUUGGUUCAUAACCGUGUGUCAGCACAUCUUAAUAAUCGUGCAGGCGAUGUGACCUACGACAGCCAGGAGAAGUUGGAGGAGGAUUACAAGUCGGGAGCGCUGCACCCGGCUGACCUCAAGCCGGCGCUGGCCAGCUACAUCAACCGCCUGCUGCAGCCUGUCAGGGACUACUUCCAGAACAACCCAGAGGCCAGCAAGCUUGCCAAACAGGUUGCGGAGUUGCAGAAGCUCAAGACUCAGGCAGAGGAGAAGGACAAACAAUGA